AUGAUCGCAUCCACCUCCUCCCGAACAUUCACGCGAUCGCUACUGGGCUGCUCGUCAUGCGCCUCGGCUUCCGGCGCGGUGACGCGACGGACCUUGCUCCCCCCGCUGCCCCACUUGGCGAUCUCGUCCACGCGAUUAGCCAUUGGCGGCCCUCACCAGACCCGCUCAUCGUCUUCCUCCGGACCAGCGGGGAGGCCAACCGUAGCAACUUCUUCUUUCCUCUCGACGACUCGGGAAGCUGCCCUUCAUACCCCCGGACUGAGGUGGAGAGAUGACGAGUCGAUUCAUCCGCCUACGAAAGAUCCCGACGGCAACAUCGUCCUUGGGUCCGAACCAACUUUUGUUGAACCCUCGGCGGAGGAUCUUAUCAGCGUUGAUCAGGGCGGGAGGGAGACCAAGAAGAUGAAGUCAGUCUUGGGCGCAUCGUUCGUCGAUCACCGACAUCUGAAGCUCAUCACUUGCUCUUGAUUCGUCCGUGUGGGGCUCUUGCUCUCGCCUCUGUUCCGAAACAGUCUCUACCAAGCCGUCCGAGAUGCCAUGGCGUGAGUCCAAGCUUUUCCUAGGUUCGAUAAAGACAUGCUUACCUUGGAACCCAAUCUUAUUCAGUAUCACACUUAGCAAGGAUUCUUCGUCGGUCGUCUUCGGAGAAGACGUGAGUGUCUCGCUCCGGACUUCUCGGCAUGCCGUGGAUUGACUGACGACUCUGCCCUUCGUAAUCAUAGGUCAACUUUGGCGGUGUAUUCCGGUAUGAGAAAGACUUCGCUCCGUAUCAAUGCUGCGCGCAUGCCUAAACCCUAUUUCUACACCGCAGAUGUACCAUGGGUCUAGCCGAUGAAUUUGGCAAGUUGCACAGAGUUUUCACCCCCUCGCUGUGCGUCAUCACAGACCGCUCAUACGUACUUUACGUGCUCCUCCAGGCUCGGAACGCGUAUUCAACACCCCUCUGACCGAACAAGGAAUCGCCGGAUUCGGGAUCGGUCUCGCCACGAUGGGCAAGACCGCCGUGGCCGAGAUCCAGUUCGCGGAUUACAUCUUUCCUGCAUUCGAUCAGAUCGUCAAUGAGGCGGCCAAAUAUCGCUUCCGGUCCGGGGAUCAGUACAAUGUAGGGUCGUUGACAUUUAGGUCUCGUGAGUCAUUGUCUUCGAGGACUGCCUGUGGAAAUGAUAGCGCUGACUCUUAUUUUGCUCGCCUCGGGUAUCCCUCAGCUUGCAUGGCGGUUGGACACGGUGGUCUGUACCACUCUCAGAGCCCGGAAGCUUAUUUCUUACAGGCGGCAGGAUUGAAGGUGCGCUCUAUCCAUACUUCGACUCGACAGCUCAUCAAAUUUAUCAAAGUUCCUAUGUCUCGCACCAUAGGUCGUCAUCCCUCGAUCUCCGAUCCAAGCAAAAGGUCUCCUCUUGUGUGAGUGCCUAGCCUCAGUCCUGCCACACGGCUAGCGCUGAUUAGUCCAGCAUACCUCACAGCCGCAAUCCGUGAUCCGAACCCCGUCGUGAGUAUCUCCCGUACUCUCUCCCGCCUUCAACUUCACCCACUCACCCCAAACUCUCCUCUUCUCUCUAUUCGUGCCCGACUAGAUCUUCUUCGAACCCAAAAUCCUCUACCGCUCGUGCGUCGAACAAGUCCCCGUCUCCGACUACCAACUCCCCCUCUCCUCCGCCGAAAUACUCCAGGAAGGUUCGGACCUCACUAUCGUGUCCUACGGUCCCCCCUUGUACACGAUCGAAGGCGCGCUACAUCUGUUGGCGAACCCGAGUGAGGAUAUCCAGAACCUCGUGCCGAGGGACUUGAGAGGGCUCAAGGUCGAAUUGAUUGAUUUGAGGACGAUCAUGCCUUAUGAUGUGAGUGUGGGGGUCCCUUUAUUAGCUGGAUCAUACGAACAAAGGCUUAAACCCCUUUCGAUGGUCAUAGAUCGAGACCGUGGUCAAUUCCGUCAACAAAACUGGGCGAUGCAUCGUCGUCCAUGAAGCGGGCAAGAUGGGUGGGGUGGGCUCCGAAUUGGCAGCGGAGAUUCAGCAGAGGUGUUUCUUGAGAUUGGAAGCUCCUGUUCAACGUGUGACGGGGUGGGAUACGCCCUUCGGUAUGAUUUACGAGAAGAUGUAUUUGCCGGAUCAGGUCAGGGUCGUAAGUCAUGGUUCGCGUUGGGAAGGGUGA